CGUCGAUGUAUUGUCGAUAACCUCACGCAACGCAAAGGCAAGAGAGUCAAAAGAGUGGACUUGGACUCAGUGGACGGGGUGACGGGACAGUCCACGAAUUGUCACACGGGUGACUCCGGGCGAUCGUUUCCAAUGUUCGUAGGCUUUUGUAUCUUUGUAGAACGAAACGGCGCGAUCGUUCGUCGAGCUCCCGAUCGCGCGCCAUAUACCGGGAAGGAUAAAUGCGCCCGAUAGAAGGGAGUGUCCGAGCCGCGAAGUGGCCUCCUAGAAUCGUCAGAGGGUUCGUCGUUUGCUAGCGUCGACGAGGAAGGGAACGAGGAAGGAGAGAGAGAAAGGAAGAGGGCAGCGGAAACGCGUCGACGAGGACCCCGAGCGCGCGACCCCACGGUCGCGGCUGCACACGACCGAGGAAAAAAUGACCGUCAUGGAUUUCUUCGGUUGCGCCUGUCUGGCCUUCGGCCCGCCACUAGCCAUGUUCACCUUCACCGUCGCCGCCGAGCCCAUUAGAAUCAUCAUCCUGAUCGCCAGCGCCUUCUUCUGGCUCAUCUCCCUGCUGCUGUCGUCGACACUCUGGUACGCCGUCGUUCCGCUGCAGGACCACCUCGCGUUCGGCCUGGUCUUCUCCGUAUUGUUCCAGGAAGGCUUCAGGUAUUUGUUGUACUGGGUGCUGCGCAAAGCCGAAAGGGGCCUGGAGAAAGUUACAACGACCCACGUGGCUGACAGCAGACACGUGUUCGCUUAUGUCUGCGGCUUGGGGUUCGGCUUCAUGAGCGGCUCCUUCGCCCUAGUCAACGUCCUGGCCGACGCGGUUGGGCCCGGCACCAUGGGACUUCGGCAGGGUACCGAAUACUUCUUCAUAAUAUCGGCCGCCACCACUCUGUGUUUCAUCCUCCUGCACACGUUCUGGGGCGUCAUCUUCUUCUCGGCCCUGGACAAGAGAAACUGGGGACAGAUCGUCUGGGUGGUUGCGUCGCAUCUGGUCGUCUCGUGCAUGACCUUGCUCAAUCGCUAUCAGGCGUACGUGGCCAGUCUACUGUCCGCUUACAUAGUACUGGUAAUAACGGCUGCGCUCGCGUUCAAGAUCGUCGGUGGACACGCGCAGUCCUUAAUCCUAUGUUUCCGAAGAAACUGAAAGCCCCCCGAAGGUUACUUAAUUCGUGCGCCAACACGUUCGUAGUUAAAUUAAGAGAUCCAUCUCCGACGGACACGAGCGUCGUAAAACGGCAAACAUACUUUCGCUUUACAUGCUAAUAUCUAAGAGAAAAAUCGUUCGUCGCUUCAUUGCGCGAUACGCGUGGAGACAAUGAGCAGGAUACUCUUUUCAUUCGGAUUAUUAAGCAGAAUACGAAGCGUUGAUAUGCAAUAUUAUUAAUAAAUUUUGUACGGCGAUGUGUGCUCCAUUAUCCAAAUUCGAUACAGUUUACGACACAUCCGAUACGUUGACCAACUGCAGUCGCAUGUUUUGAAACUAACAUAUUUCGAAGCGUAUUUCCCACCGUGAAACGCCCUGCAAUUAUUUUUUUCUCGUAAAAGGCUCUAGCACAGGAUAUUUCGGUCAAGCUGCUAGUCCGUCCCUUAAUCCAUCGAAACAAUUGUAUGAAACAGAAUAAUCUCUAACAAUCCGGUUCGGAUCCGGAUAACGUCGAAGUGUACAUUAUCCCUUUACAUCUUAGGACUAUUGUUUCCUAUCGUAGCCGUGUUGAAUUGUGACGUCAGAAGCGAGGAAUCCGCGUACAUUUUCUUUCUUGCACCUUAUAUAUUAAAAUAAACUUUUUUUACGUUAUUACGCAAUUUUUUUCAAUUUAUAAAGCCAUCUAUCAUAAAAUCUAGUUUCAAAGUAUAGAGUACAUUUAAUUUAUAUAUGCGUUUAUUCUAAUGCAGGAUAAUGAAAGAAGUUUUUUUUCAAUCUGUAUUAUCGAACACACGGUGAUGGCACAAGUGAAUAUUGAUUUCUUUUAUGCAGUGCGAAUAAAGAGAAAUUCACACGAUUUUUCGCUUUAGCAUUGUAAUUUAAUAUGGCUACAGAGAGAAAACGGGAAACUAUAAAAAGGAAGAAAAAAAAUCUAAAAUGUGUAUGCGCGUGUACGUGUGUAUGUAUAUAAGUAUGUGUCUAUAAUGUAUGAUUAUUGCAUCAAAUGAGAUGUAUAUCUGUGCAACAAUUUGCGCCUUAAAAGGUGAAUUCCUUGAGUAUAUAUAGGUUAAAACAGAGAAACGAUACAGUCUAAGGAAUUGUUCGUUACUUUUUUUGUACACAAAAAGAGAAGAGGAGCUACCGAUGACAAGACAAUUACUGUGACACGUGCAUCUCUUGACAUUUACAUAUAAUUAAUUUAAUUUUCACUUAUCACAUCUCGCAGUCGUUUAUUAUUCAAAAUCAUAUUGCAUUUUGCAUGACAUUGAAAUGAAAACAAUUUUUGUAAAAUACCAGUUGUAUAAAUUACUGUUAUUGCUCUUUAGAUGUAAAAACUAUAUAUACCACAGUUUCAUAUAACAUAAUAUAUAAUAACGAUAAUUCCAGUUAUGUAAUUAAUUCACUAUGAAGAUAAAUUUACAAUGAAUUAUAUGUAAUUCUUUUCCUAUACAAAUUUGAAGUAUGCUGAAGUUUCACAUUUAUAUAUUCCACAUGUUUGAAUUAUUGAUCAUUUUUGUCAAUACGGUAUCUACGGAUGAAUAAUUGACGUAAUUCCAAAUAAUCCUAAAUCACAGUCGUAGAAAUAAAAUUUCAAUAGCAGUAAGUAAAAGUUUUUAAUAAUUAGAGGAGGUAAGGAACGAGAUUAGAUUUGUACAAAACUUCCUUGUCUCUUGAUAAAAUCAAAAAGCAUUUUAUCAAUAAAUCGUCUUGUAUUUUCUGGAUAAUUGAACUAUCUUAGAAAACAAAAUUACUGAUUCUAUCUUGAAAAAAAAAAA